UAUAUAUUAUUUUCCAAAUUUCAGGGUAUAUUCAUGUUGGUCUCUGGCUACUUUAGGCUCCCACAUGAUAUCCCAAAGCCUUUUUGGCGAUAUCCAAUGUCAUACAUUAGUUUCCACUAUUGGGCAUUACAGGGUCAAUACCAAAACGAUCUUAAGGGUUUGAUAUUCGACAACCAGACACCUGAUCUUCCAAAGAUACCAGGCGAAUACAUCUUGGAGUAUGUAUUCCAAAUCGACGUCAAAAGAUCAAAAUGGAUAGAUUUAAUUGUGAUCUUAAGCAUGAUUAUCAUAUACCGCGUUAUUUUCUUCAUCAUGAUUAAAAUCAAUGAAGAUGUUACUCCUUGGGUUAGAGGGUAUCUUGCUAGGAGAAGAAUGCAACAAAAGAGUGGAGCUCAAAACACAACUAUUGCACCUGAUGUUCUCACUCAAUCUCCAUCUUUGAGAGCCUACAUUUCUAAUCAAAGGUAGGAAUUAUAGUCCUCUUUUGAUUAUUACUUUAUUUCACUUUAAUUAAUCAUGUGGACUUUUUUGUGUGUAUCUCUUUAAAAUGGCUAGUGAACAUUUUAUAAAGAGAGAUAUGAAAAUUUCACAUGAUAAACUAAUGUGAAAUUAUAUUAUAUGGUGAUACAUUAGCUUGAAGAUUGAGAUUAAAGAUAAGAAAUUAUGUCCUCCAAAUUUGAAUGAAGAUUGAAGCUUGUAGUUUUAAAUAGGAUUAGAUUUAUAUUUAACUAUAAUUCUUAUCAUUUUCAUAGGUGUUUUGCUUUUAAUUAACUAUGUUGAUAUGUGAAUUCUAGAGUGUUUAUUAUCAACUCAUGAAAUUCUAUUCUCAGUGUCCUCCUAUAUUUCAUUAAUGCUUGUUUGGUGGAACAAAUAUAAGUGAUUUGAGUAUAA